CGCUCUUCGCACAAGGUAGGUAAGAUUACCGUUCAAAGCAAGUGCCAGAAGAUAGCGUUUGGAUUUGUCGGACGUAAACACGAAGCCAUUUCACAACAUCCAGAAAUUGAGCAGACAACAGUUGGGUCCAGCCAUGUCUUCCCCGUGGGGUAAAGUGACCAGUGCCCCAGUGGCGCCGUGUUCCCUCGAAGAGGUCAUGAGUGAACAGCUGGCAGCCGACCUACAAGCGAAAGCCGAUUUGACGGAAUGGGAAUUCAUUAGUGGAGCGGAGGUAGACCCAGAGAUAAAUUUAGUCACACUGACUGCAGGAAUGAGCUCAGAAGAAACUAAGAAUGACCAGAUGCUGGCCCAGAUACUACAGAUGGAGUUUGAUAAAGAGUAUGACAAGGAGGUCAAGGCCAAAGAGAAGAAGUACAAUGGGGAAAGUAAAGUUUCAUUAUCCUUUGAAAACUACAGAACACUGCAUCCAGCUUAUCGGGACGAUGAAGAUGAGAUUGUUCCCCAAUUGGAUGACGAUUAUGAAGUGGAAAUGAAAUGGGACAAAAAAACACCGACAUUUAACCACCAAGGUGUAUCAGGAAAGGGCAAAGACAUGAUUACAAAGCACGACUCAUCUGUAUGUGGACGGAGAAAUGCAUCCAGAAUGAUGGAGUUUCCACCCGAGUUUGAAGUUGGAGAUGGUGAAGGCAUGGACAUGAAGUUACCCAAUCAUGUGUAUAAUAAACUUAAACUCCACUCCAUCGCAGAAAACAAAAGGAGCCAAAGACUUCACGAGAAAAAGGAAUUCUCCACCGCAGAACAAGCCAUGGAUCCACGUACACGCCUGAUGCUGUACAAAAUGGUCAACAGUCUUGUCCUCGAUUCCAUCAGUGGCAGCAUCAGUACAGGAAAGGAAUCGGUCGUCUUUCACGCCUUUGGUGGAGAGAUCGCUGGUGAAGCAAUGCCAAAAGAAGUUGCAAUCAAAGUGUUCAAAACUACCCUCAAUGAGUUCAAGAACAGGGAGAAAUAUAUCCAUGGAGACCACAGAUUCUCCAAAGACGAUUUCAAGAAACAAAAUCCUAGAAAAAUCAUCAAAAUGUGGGCAAUGAAGGAGACAGCUAACCUCAACAGAAUGAAGAAAUUUGGCUUACCCUGUCCAGUUGUACAGGUUCAGAAAAUGCACGUUCUUGUUAUGUCAUUUAUUGGCGAGGACCAAAAACCAGCUCCCAAACUAAAAGAUGCUCUCAUGUCUGGUGCGGAUCUAGAGGAUGCUUACAACCAAACACUUGAGUUUAUGAAGACGAUGCAGCACAAAUGUAACUUGGUUCAUGCUGAUCUGAGUGAAUACAACAUGCUGUGGUGGAAAGAUAAAGUCUGGGUGAUCGACGUCAGCCAAGCUGUUGACACCACACAUCCACUAGCUAUGGAGUUUUUACACAGGGACUGUACUAAUGUCUCUAAAUUUUUCCAUUCUGGAGGUGUGCACAAAGUAAUGUCACCAGAGGAGAUGUUUAAUCAUGUGACUGGAUUAGAUAUCUCUGGUGAGGGUGCUGAUUUUAUCUCUCAGGUACGACGCUACGACACAGAAAAAUCAGAGGAAUAUCUUCUCUGUCCAACAACGGAUCGCAAGCAUUUUGCAUUUGACUUUUUUUUCGACAAAUCCCAACAGGAGAGGCAAGAAGCUCUAAAAGAAGUUGGAUUUUCUGAUAGUGAAGAAGAGGAUAUUGAAAAGGAAGAGAACUAAGCAUCAUUUAGAAGAGAAAAAUAGAAAAUUCGAAAGUUUGACAUGCACAAGGAUCUUUUUUAUCAGUAUUAACCAGAGAAUGGACUUUGUUAAAUUUUAACGCAACAGUGAACUCAUUGUUAAAGCCAUCUUGAUGAGCUAGAUUUUAUUUAAAGGACUUUGUGCAGAAGGAAUUUUAGUGUCAAUGACAAGUGAUAAAGGCAGUCCAUGCACAUGUAGAUUCAACCAGUAGCAUGCUUUAUUUCUACACAGGGAAAUGUGAUCCAACAUCCACCAGUGAAUGUUCAGUGAAUUUCUGCCAGUGCGAUAUUCAUGAUGGCAAUAUUUAAACACAUCUAUCUAUCUAUGUUUAUCAGAAUAUUUGAAUUUUUCAAAUUCUCGCUACAAUUUACCAUUAAUUAGGAUAUUUUUACUGUGGUAAUAUUUUUGCGCAAGAUUCAAAUUCACAAAAAAUCAAACAUGUAAAAAAUAAUCAACUGUAAAAAAAUAAUCCUCAAAAUAUCUUAAUCACCGUGAUUACCUGAAUUGUGUGAACAAAAGCUGGCAAAGUCUUAGCCUGGGCGAUUAUCUAGAAGGUUCUAUUGUAGUAGUGUAGGGUGUAUAAGCCUGCGGCGAUUAUCUAGAAGGUUCUACUGUUGUAUUGUAGGGUGUAUAAGCCUGGAGCGAUUAUCUAGAAGGUUCUAUUGUUGUAGUGUAGGGUGGAUAGGUUAGUGUUUUCCUUUAAAUAAUUGUCAUAAACACAGUUGACGCAAAGAUUGAAUUAUUUCUGUAUACACCUUGCCACUAUCUCGGAAAUGCAACUCGCAUAAAAAUUAUUAGAGGAAUAUUUUCACAGUAGUAGUAUUUUUGCAAAUAGUCCCAAUUUGCAAAAAAAAAAUAUGUGUAAAUAUUAAAACUACAGGUUUUUUCGCAAAAUUUGCAAUAAUUAACCCACUUAAAAUAUUCCGAUUUACAGCAUGUAAUUUUCAGAUAGAGAUGUUAUUUCUCUGUGCUUUGCUGUAUAUUUGAACCCAUUAAAUGAUCAUUAUAAAAAUUGUGAAGGAGGUUGAAUUGGUGCUUCAGUUGUUAAUUGAAUCUUUUGUUGCUUAAUCACACUUUACAGUCCAGGAAUGAACAGACUUUAAUUUAGACAUUCUCUGUGGCAAUGUGACCUAGAUAGUCUAAUGAAAAAUAUUGAAUGUAUUUUUGUAAUUCUGUUUAUAAGCAGAAGACAGUAAAUUAUCCUGGUAUGAUUUUUUUCCCAGUUUUAUCUAUAUAAGGUGUCUAGGUUGAGUAAGAUUUGUAAGACUUUAUACCGAUAUGGAGUGUGUGUUUAAUGGUAUUUUACUGGGGAGCAUACAAAGACGUUGUAUGGUAUGAAACAGAAUCAAGUCGGAUACUUUGAUGUUGCUUGUUCAUUGUAAAAUGUUGUACAAUGUUCUGGAAUUCAUAUUUAUUUGAUUAAAUGAAAUAUAAAACUAUUCCAGU